GUGUUCUUCGCCCACAGCCGCUUCGAGACCGGGAAGCGGCGCCUGCAGUUCCUGACCUUCGGGGACUUCGCCGCCUGCGCCCAGCACAUGAUGCUGCACUGGACACAGGGCGCCCUGGCGCCGGAGGCGGCCGAGCCGGACGGGGAGGUGCCGCGCUCGUUCCUGCAGGACCUGAAGGAGCUGAAGGUGCUGGUGGCCGACAAGGACCUGCUGGACCUGCACAAGAGCCUGGUGUGCGCGGCGCUGCGGGGGAAGGUCUCGGUCUACAACGAGAUGGAGGCCAACUUCAAGCCGCUCUCGCGGGCGCUGGUGAACGUGGGGGGGAAGCUGCCCCACGCCCGCGACAUGCGCGACUUCUUCGUCGACCUGGUGGAGAAGGUGAUCGAGCCGUGUCGCUCCGACAAGUGGAGCCCCGGGGACCUGCGGCUCUUCCUGGGGCAAUACACGGCCGCCCCCCGCGCCCUGCCCGCCUUCCGGCACCAGGCGCUGUGGGAGCGCUACAUGGCCGUCAUCACCGCCUGCCUCCUCCGCAUGUAUCACGACUGAACCCCGAAACUGGGGGCACCCCAGAAACGGGGGGUGGGGUGGGGUGUGGACACGGCGACACGGACACCACGGCGACGACGACGACGACGACAACGACGACAACGACCCCUCCCCCCCCCCGACACCCCAAAAUGGGGCGGGUCCAGGAGCUGCGACACCUCCCCCCCCCCCCCAAAAGGGGGGUUCUGGGACCCCACCCCGACACCCCAAAACCCGGACGUGGAAAAAAUGGGGGUGAGCGAAUGCCGCGGAGCUGUGACGUCACGCUGCCAUAAAAGGGGCGGGGCGGCUCCGUCAUUGACCGGUGACUGGCGCUGGCGCCGCCCGCUGUCGGCGUGCUGCGCGAUAGCGACACGAUACGACAGCGAUAGUGGGGGGAGGGGCGCGCGCGCUCUGUGUCGGCUGCUCCUGUUGUGCGAUAGCGACACGAUAC